AUGCCCCCAUGGGGAAGACCACCAGGGGCACGAACGGGGAGAAAUAACAGGGGACGUGGGGUGUGGGAGGAGACACGACUGGAGGAGGUGGAUAGCGAGGAAGAUGCAUAUGGGCGGGAGCUUGUACGGAGCGGUCGACACAGGCAGAUGGAGUAUGGAGGGCGAGGGCCACGGAGACGACCUGCGGAUUAUGAGGAUCUGAUGGAUGAACCUGAAUUAGUAGAUGGGGGAGAUUUCGAUCUAUACGACUAUGAGGAUAGCACGGUGGCAUAUGCGAUCCAAUUGGCUAUGCGGGACAAGGAAGAUCAAUUAGUGGACACAGCGCUCGAGCGGAUUCGCCGCGCUCAAGCUCUGGGGAGGAAAAAUGUCCGGUUGUCGAAACAGGAACUGGAUGCCUUGGAGCGUAAACGCCAACAAACAGACAGCUCAAGCGGAAGCCGGCGCCCAUCCACCGGUUCUGUCAAAGUGACGUCGCGCCCAUCGUCCCGACGGAGCGCAGUAGUUGGUACGCCAGAGCACCUCCCUGGCGCAUAUUCGGCCUUCGCACCUGAUGGACUUGGCAACUGGGCUCGUGGGACGGCUGGGAGCCGGCCGUCUAGCUCUUCUUCUGCUCGUCCCCGGACUCCAACGACACAAUCUCUUCGUCCCCAGCAGUCUAGUUCACCACUUCGACCUACUUAUCCAACAUACACUCCUGAGCGCUUUGCCCCCAAUGUCCGACCACAGUCGAUGCAACAACCGCCUACGUUUCAACGGCCACUGCCAGACGACCCUCAAUGGGUCCCACCCUACUACAAUCCAAUGCAGAUGAGCCCACACGGGGAACCCCCAUACCAACCGCAGGUUCCCACCGAUCUCCGGGCUGGGCAGCAGAGUCGAAUGAGUUACCCCUCAGGACCUCCAUACCCAAUUUAUGAAUCUCCGGGUAAACGCCCGCAAGGCACACCGCAGGUCCGGGGAGACCUAGCUGCUUCAGUCAAGUUAGGGUUGGAGAAAUCUAGUGAAGAUGAACCGGAGAGCAGCGAAGAUGAAGUGCAGGUCGUCAAAGUGGGCAAGGUGGAGCGCAUGGUCCCAGUUGCAGUUACGCAGAAGCGUCCGGUUGCUGGAACCACCCGUAAACGGACCAGCAGAUGCAGCUGA